CCGCGCUAGUUGUGAGUACGACUGAUUAUUCAAUCAUUCCUACAGACUGCAUAUCCCUCUUCUUCAGAGCGGUGUCCUUUCCUUUGAUUCGUGGUUGUCCAACGUCUUUGUCGGCUCCGACCCCGCCAAAGCACGCUCCUUACCCCCGCCAUUGAACACAACUCCGCCGUAUUUCUUCAUCCCAUUUCAUAAUGGCAUCUGACGCGCCAACUGGCGGCUCUCUCGCCGACCGCAUCUCGAACCCCGCAGAGACCACUGAACCCGUCGCCGACAAGGCCCAACUGGAUGGUGCUGCAUCUAACCAGGGUGGCUCGGAUCUCGCAGAGCCGGAGUACAAUGUCGAGGUUAAGCUCAGCGAUCUUCAAGCCGACCCCAACAACCCCCUCUAUUCAGUGAAGAAUUUCGAAGAUCUGGGACUAGAUCCGCGCAUACUUCAAGGACUGUCCGCUAUGAACUUCCGCAAACCUUCCAAAAUCCAAGAGCGAGCCCUACCUCUGUUGAUGGGCAACCCUCCUAAGAACCUUGUCGGUCAAUCUCAGUCCGGGACUGGUAAAACAGCUGCAUUUGUCCUAAACAUCCUCAGCCGCUUGGACCUGAGCUCCGAACAGGCUCAGAAGACGCCGCAGGCUCUGAUCCUUGCGCCAACGCGAGAAUUGGCCCGUCAGAUUGUUGGUGUUAUACAGGUCAUGGGAAAGUUCCUGGAUGGGCUACACAUUGGCACCGCUGUUCCGGCUGAUACGAAUGCGCGCCCAACUCGGAUGGAAGCUUCGGUCGUUGUGGGCACACCUGGAACCGUCAUGGAUAUGAUCAAAAAGCGUAUCAUGGUGGCCGCGAAACUCAAGGUCAUUGUCUUGGACGAGGCAGAUAACAUGCUCGACCAGCAAGGGUUGGGUGACCAGUGCAUUCGGGUGAAAGCCCUGUUGCCCAGGGACAUCCAAGUCGUUCUUUUCUCCGCUACGUUCCCUGCCCACGUACACCAGUAUGCUUCUAAAUUCGCCCCUGCGGCCAACGAACUUACUCUGCAGCACGAGGAGUUGACGGUGGAGGGUAUCAAACAACUGUAUCUUGACUGCGCUAGCGAGGAGGACAAGUAUAGAACUCUUGUGCAACUCUACGGGUUACUUACCGUCGGCUCGUCAAUCAUUUUCGUCAAGACACGUGCAUCCGCCGUGGAGAUUGAGAGGCGGAUGGUCGCCGAGGGCCACACUGUCGCUUCUUUGACCGGUGGUAUUGAGGGUUCACAGCGUGACCAGAUUAUCGACCAAUUCCGCGCCGGCCAUGCCAAGGUUCUCAUCACCACCAACGUGCUCGCUCGUGGUAUUGAUGUUUCCACCGUGUCCAUGGUCAUCAACUACGACAUCCCCGAACUCCAUCAACCCCCCAACCGCCCACGCCAGGCCGAUUUCCAGACCUAUCUCCACCGUAUCGGUCGUACAGGACGAUUCGGUCGUGUGGGUGUCUCAAUCUCCUUUGUCUCAAAUCGCGAAGAGUGGGAAAUGCUCAACCAAAUUCAGAAAUAUUUCAACACGGAUAUCCAGCGUAUUGACACAAAGGACUGGGAUGAGGUCGAAGACAUUAUCAAGAAAACGAUCAAGAAUACCCGCGCUCAGGCUGGUUUCCGAUGA